AAAUGGAAGGUAAACAUCCUUCUCAGGAAUGUUCAAGUUGGUCGAGGAUCAGGCUCGCCGAGCCUUUCACCUUUUCCCUUAAAAUUAGAGACUUACCUGCGCUUGGCCAAGAUACCAUAUAUGAAUGACCAUUCAGGCCAGAUGUCCAGCAAAGGGAAAACACCAUGGAUGAUGUACAAUGGACAAGUAGUUGCUGACUCUCAGUUUUGUAUCGAGUUCCUCAAACAGAAUCUGCAUAUGGAUACAGACAAGCACCUGACUAAACAGGAACAAGCUGUGGCCAGAGCACUUAGAGAACUUACAGAGGAAAACUUAUACUGGACAAUGUGCUAUGAAACAUUCAUCAAAAAUCCACAGAGUUUGGACAUUCUAUUAAAGGACAUAUUUCCUCGACUGAAGACUUUCAUCUUCAAGACAGUGAUGGGAAGAGUGAUUAAGAAAGAGUUGUGGGGUCAUGGCAUUGGUCGACACACAGAUGCUGAGAUAUGGGACAUUGGGCGAAAGGACUUAACAGCUCUUUCACUGAUUCUAGGCAAAAAACCCUUCCUAAUGGGUGACAGUCCAAGUGAAGUUGACUGUUCUGUAUUUGGAAUGCUGGCGAUGAUUGUGUGGCAGAUGCAUGGAUCCAGGCAUGAAAGUCUUCUCCAAGGUGAACUUCUAAAUCUGGUGAAGUAUUGUGAAAGAAUGCGGGAUUUAUUUUGGCCUGACUGGAAACAGAGAUGCAGGGGCAAUGGUUUUGUGAAUGAUAAUCAUAAACUGUACACUUUUUGA